AACAGAGGGGUACAAAUGGGAUUAAACAGGUUCUCUCUGCCAGGAGUGGCGGUGAUAAUGAUGAUUAAUGCCAUGCUUCUAUCACAAGGGUGUUUGGAGGAAGAACGAAUUGCUCUUUUGCAAAUCAAAACUUCCUUUGGUGACCACCCAAAUCUUAAGUCAUCCCCGGUACGCUUUUGGGGAAAAGAUGCCAUCUGUUGCAGUUGGGAAGGAGUUACCUGCAGCAAUUCCACUACAAGACGAGUCGUCGAAAUCCAUCUUCGAAUUUGGACCUCAUCUAAGGGAGAUUGGUACCUAAAUGCAUCUAUAUUUCUUCCCUUCCAAGAACUCAAUGUUCUUGACUUGACUGCAAAUAACAUAGCUGGCUGUGUUGCGAAUGAAGGUUUCGAAAGACUAUCAAGGCUUGCCAAAUUGGAGGUUCUUUCUUUGGGUGUUAAUAACUUCAACAAUAACAUCUUAUCAUCCCUCAAAGGAAUUUCAUCUCUUAAAUAUCUAGAUCUUUAUUACAACAAGUUACGAGGAUCAAUAGACAUGAAAGAAUUUGAUUCAUUAAGCAAUUUGAAGGAGCUAUCGCUGGUUGGAAAUGGGAUCCAAGAUUUUGUAACCUUAACAGGAUCUGAAGGACCAUCAAGGCUUAACAAAUUGGAGACUCUUGUUUUGGCUGACAAUCUCUUAAACAAUAGCAUCCUAUCAUCCCUCAAAGGGCUUUCAUCUCUCAAAUAUCUAGAUCUUGGUGGCAACCAGUUGCAAGGAUCAAUAAACAUGAAAGAAUUUGAUUCAUUGAGCAAUUUGGAGAUGCUAUCGCUGUCCUACAAUAAGAUCCAAGAUUUUGUAGCCUUAACAGGUUAUGAAGGACCAUCAAGGCUUAACAAAUUAGAGAGUCUUGAUUUAGGCCAUAAUAGAAUCAACGAUAGCACCUUAUCAUUCUUCAAAGGGUUUUCAUCUCUCAAGCAUCUAUAUCUUUAUAAUCAGUUGGACGGAUCAAUAGACACGAAAGGCAUUUGUGAGUUAAAGCAUCUCCAGGAACUAGAUAUCAGCUAUAAUAAUCUCAAUGGUUCUUUGCCUUCGUGUUUCUCGAAUUUGACAAACCUUCAAGCUUUAGAUAUCUCUUUCAACCACUUCACUGGGGAUAUAUCCUUGAGUCCCAUUGGGAGUCUCACGUCCAUUCGAGAUCUAAAACUGUCAGACAAUCACUUCCAAAUACCAAUCUCACUUGGCCCAUUUUUUAAUCUUUCAAACCUCAAGAAUUUGAAUGGUGACCGUAAUGAGAUAUACGAGUCAACAGAGCUGGUACACAAUUUAAUUCCAAGGUUCCAGUUACAGAGCCUUUCUUUGGCAUGUACUGGAUCCGGCGGGACAUUUCCGAAAUCCUUGUACUAUCAACAUGACCUUCAAUUUGUUGAUCUCUCACACAUCAAAAUGAUAGGAGAAUUUCCGAGCUGGUUGUUACAAAACAACACAAAACUCGAAGAGCUUUAUUUGGUCAACAAUUCCCUUUCAGGAUCUUUCCAAUUAGCAAAUCAUUCUUUUAUGAGUUUGUCACAUUUGGAUAUCUCGAGAAAUCACAUCCAUAAUCAAAUUCCCACUGAAAUUGGAGCAUGUUUCCCGAGGUUAGUGUUUUUGAACCUUUCCAGAAAUGAUUUCGGUGGUAGCAUUCCCUCUUCGAUCAGCAAUAUGAGCCUCUUGAAAGUCUUAGAUUUGUCCAACAAUAGCUUAUCAGGCAACAUACCCGAGCAGUUGGUGGAAGGUUGCUUAUCAUUAAAGGUUCUCAUGCUUUCAAAUAAUUAUUUGAAAGGCCAGCUUUUCUGGACAAAUUUCAACUUAAAAUACUUGACCGAGCUGAUAUUAAGAGGGAAUCAGUUAACUGGGAUUCUUCCGAAUAGCUUGUCUAAUUGUUCUGCAUUGGAAGCAUUGGAUGUUAGUCUCAACAAUUUAUCUGGUAAGAUAUCGAAAUGGAUAGGGAAUAUGUCUUCUUUUCAAUAUUUAGACCUUUCAGAGAACAAUAUUUUUGGAAGUCUACCAUCCAACUUUUGUUCUUCAAGAACGAUGACAGAAGUUUAUUUAUCAAAAAAUAAACUAGAAGGAUCACUGAUUGGUGCACUCGAUGGCUGCCUGUCACUGAAUAGAUUAGAUCUUAGCCAUAAUUAUUUUAGAGGUGGCAUUCCCGAGUCAAUUGGUUCUUUGUUAGAGUUGAGCUUUCUUCUUUUAGGUUAUAAUAAUCUAGAAGGUGAAAUCCCAAGACAGCUGUGCAAACUCAAGAAAUUAAGCUUGAUUGAUCUUUCUCAUAAUAAUUUGUAUGGUCAUAUUCUUCCAUGCCUACAGCCUAGCAGCAAAUGGUACAGGGAACUGGGAGCAUCUAUAAAUUCUUCUGACAGUGCUCCAGGUCCGACAGCUGCUGCUGCUCCUAUGCCCUUAGAAGAUCCUUCUGUGAAUAAAGCUUUUGAGUUUACAUUUAAGAGUGUAUCUUAUUCAUUCAAGGGAAUCAUCCUCACUUAUUUCUCUGGUAUCGAUCUCUCCUGCAACAAUUUGACAGGAGAGAUUCCUUUUGAGCUUGGAUACCUUGGCAACAUCCAGGCAUUGAAUCUAUCCCAUAACAGUUUAACAGGUCCAAUACCACCUACAUUUUCAAACUUGAAGGAAAUUGAAAGCCUGGAUCUUUCCUACAACAACUUGAAUGAGGAAAUUCCUCGUCAGCUUCUCGAUUUAAACUUUCUAUCUGCUUUCAGUGUAGCCCACAAUAACUUAUCUGGCAAAACACCAGAGAUGGUUGCACAAUUCGCAACAUUUAACAAGUCUAGCUACGAGGGAAAUUCGUUGCUUUGUGGACCACCGCUUACCAAUAAUUGCUUUGGAGAAAUAUCACCAUCAUCGUUGCCAAGGUAUCAGACUGACAAAAAAGAAGAAAACAGUUUCAUUGAUAUGGAGGUUUUCUAUGUGACAUUUUCAACGGCAUACAUCAUGGUCCUGUUGGCAAUAGGUGCAGUUCUGUACAUAAACUCACGUUGGCGACGAGCAUGGUUUUACUUUAUUGGAGAGAGCAUCAAUAAUUGCCAUUACUUUCUUGUAGACAAUCUACUUGUGCCAGCCAGGUUCAGACGAUUUCAGCCUUAUGUCUAAAAUGGUAUUGACUCUGUGUAUACUUUGUUUAGUGUUUACAUUUUCAAGUCAUGUUGAUCAAUAAACCAAGUCUUUAUAAAUGGUGUUAAUAUAUGUUCAAACACUUUGUACCAUCCUAUAAAUAAUAUUCUGAUUUUUUCUUACUUUACUACCAAGAAAAGUUGCAAUAAAGCAAAUAAUUUGUUUUCGAUUC